AUGCCUUUGUUCCCAGGCCACCGGUACCUGGGUCCCGGGAAUCCACAGCGCAACGGAGCUCCGGUGGACGAGGACGACGGCAUAGCCAAGUCGCACGACGAAGCCUACGAGCGUGCCACGAGCCACGAGGACGUCUUUGCUGCUGAUCAGGCAUCUGCGGCUCUCUUCUUGAACGACUUUAGACGCUCGGGUAACUGGCACUCCGCAUUAGGUGCAGUUGGUCUGGGCACGAAGAAUAUUGUGGAACAAUACGUCUUGGGCCGUAGUCUCUAUGGAAUGCCAGGAGAUAGACGGAAACGUGCACAUAACGGGGAAUCAGAUACAGCAGACGCAAAGCGAUACCAGCCUGACUCAACUACCGGCGACGCCCAAGGGAUGUCGCAGCAGAUGCACUCAGACGCCCCCACCCGUCCAGGCGGAGCAGGAGUUGGAGGUGACGGUGAAAAUUCGACAGAGCUCGUUCAGCAGAUUUUGCGCGUACCUCGCGACCACGGAGUGGUCACAGUCUUCCGUGACAGCAAAAUACUCACCACAUGGGCCUACGCAAUGCUGAAGACCAAUUUAGUUUAUGACAGCGAGAAAACGUUUCCAGGAGUUCUGACUAGCCUGUCACGCUUGCCAGUGGACCGGCCGUAUCUUUACAUUCCUCACGGCACCUACCUUAACCUACCAGCUCACACAAGAGCUGUUAGCUGCUCUGUCAAGGUAACCCCUCAUGGUUUACGCACGCCAUGGAAGACUGGCUCUUCGGUUGUCCAACCCGUCAACUCUGACAUGCUAGUUUAUGGCCUUAGCUCCGUCGGACUGAACCACUACUUGGAUACCGGCAUGUGUCGUGUGAAGAAAGGCGAGACAAACAACCCGAUGAAGCCACAGUCUUAUUUACCAUUUCAGGAGAAGGACCACUCGGAUCUGGCUAAGAGCUACUGGGGUCUAAAGAUCACACCCGGAAACGAGGAUCACGAUGGCGAUGACGAAAAGAGCAUACCUGCGUGCAUGGGUGUACCACGUCACAACUUUGCUUACGACUUUAUUCACAUUGACAAGGCAAGUCCCCGCUUGACCAAGUUCGUAAACCAGUUUCCGUUCAAAGGUCACGUGGGCACACCUAUAGUCAACUAUGAGUACCAGUUUGGAAGUGACGCAUGGCUAAAGAUGGGUCCAACUUAUAACGCGGGAAACGAGUUGCUAACUCGUACACACCUUGGCCUGCCUGCUGACGUUGUAUCCUACACCACUAGCAACAUGUCAAACUACGAAUCGUACGAGCAAAAGCCAGAUACCAACAUCACCAUGCGGCUUCGACCCGACGGACUUCGACCCUAUGGAAAAUACUUACUUCACCCGAGGUUUAAAAACGAUGGCGCACUCAACUAUUCAACCGAGUUUGAGUUUUGGGGUAUUGGCAGUAAGCAAGUCUAA